GUUAGACUUCCACUUGCACUUGUUACUAUCACACAAUACUGCCCCCUUCUCCAUCUGCUUGGCAACAGUAUCAGAGUGUUACCUAAAGGGCGAUGGACUUUGAUGAAACAGAGAACUCGCUGCUCCUUGCGGGUAGCGGAUGCUUCACAGACAUUUACAAUGCAGGGAGCAGCCCUGUUACCACCAACCCAAUGACAACAGACUGUGCUCUUACAUAUCUGCCCUACAACGGCGGCGAGUAUUCAGGAUCCCCAGAGACGGUUUACCAGCCAAGUAGACGCCUCUAUAAUCAUGAAUAUGCUCAUCAGUUCCCCAAUCAGGGGUUCUAUAAUGAUCAAUCUCAUUCUCUAACCAGAGGAACCUCCGACGACUCCUUUUUCGAUGCCGCUUUUUGGCCCCCUUCGUCUUUACCAGUGCUAUCGCCAUCAUUAGCGCUGAUUGAUGAAUCGGGAGCUGGACCACCGCCGUUUGGGGAACACGACAAUAACGGUUUGGACAACGAACACAUAGCACAAUUGCGAUCCGCACCGGAUACACAACCCUUUUACUCAAAUAUCAGCAAUAUCGAUUAUGGCGGCAACCCCUCUGGCAUCAAUUAUCCAACCACCGGUAUAGAUGGUCUCUUUGGCAGUUUAUACCACUCGGGAACAACUCUACAGCCUGUAGCGGAUGCAACUGCAGCGAGAGUUGAAGUGGGAGCAAACGCUCUUACCCAGAGCCCAACGUAUCAAGCACCAUUGAGUGACUACACGACCAAGUUUGAAAAUAAGCCAGGAUCUCAGGGACAGCCAGCCCCGUUCGCCAUGCUACUCCGGACAUCAGAAUCAUCGCGGCAACCAGUGCCAACGUUUAUAAUGCCACAAAAGCCCGGUCAUACGGCGAACUCAUCGGCUUACACUGCCAUGUCACCUCCAUCUUCCAUCAAAUCCUCACCUCAGAAGCGCAGUGCUGCGGUGGCUGAGAUCGACAAGAGUAUUGUGGCUCCAAAAAGAAGAGUCAUUAAGGCUCAUAUGACGGCAAAGGUUGAUAACAGCGAAGAUUUUGAAAUAAAAAAAGAGAGCGAAAAGUCACCCACAUAUAAAUACCAAGAAUAUUUCAACUCGCCUGAGGACGCCAGUAUGAAGCUUAAGCGUCUUCUCGAGCUGUAUCGAAAGCCCGAUGAAUGCUGCAGCAACCCCUCUACAGACUCUACGUUCCCUCAAAGCGAUGAAGACAAGAAAGAAUACGUCAAGAAGCUUUUCGAAGCCAUCAAUGAAUGGGAAAGUAUAAAUGAGUGGUCACAGACUCUGAGUGCCGAACAGCGGAACCGAGUGAUAGACGGAAUCCGGCGUAUGAAAGAAGAAGCCAACAGCAGAACUCCAGACAAGAAGCCGCUUGAAAUUUCGUUGGACGAAAUGCGGCCGAGCCGGGACAAACUCCCACCUGUUGCGAUACAGCAGAAGAAGAUAUUGGGCCGGCAGCUGAACGACCAGACAGUUGAAUGGCUCUGCUGGGAGCUCAUUGGAGCCGCUAUACAAUCGCAGCAGGGAAAUACCCAGAUCCCUUACUGGUGCGGCGCCGAUGGAGCUUAGGAAGCUUACGAGACGUUUGCACAGCGUGUCGACGCGAUGUGUUAUGCCUUGACGAAAUCGAAACAGCUCGUCAAAUCUCUUUUAUCUGCAGGUGACGGAUGGAAACUCCGCAU